AAUUAUUUACAAAAGUUAAAAAUAAUGUUGGAAAAAGUAAAUGGACAAUUAAUCAAUGUGAUAAAAAUAAGCUUUCAUAUCAUCUUGCAACUCUUGAUAUGGAUGUAGAUGAACGAUAUUUACCAAUGACUUUCAUAUCAGAAUAUCCACCAUUUGAUCCAUUAGAAAGAUGUCAUUUUCAAAAUUCUUGUCAAAUAUUACAAUCAAUGUCUACUUUUCAUAUAUCAAUUUCUCUUUCAUGUGAUCAUGUUUAUCAAUAA